UUUUAAUCAUAAAUUUUUAAUUAUUUCCGGUUCUCUCUAAGAAAAUCUCUGAUUUAAGUUGCACUCCAGAAUAGGAUAAGGGUCAUACGGCACAUAUGGUCGAAUGAAAAACUCGUGUUGCCCACACGUCCAGACAAUUAUGAUCUGAAUCAUACCAUACGCUCAUGCUUCUGAGAAGCUCGCCAAUUUCUUACUCAAUACUCCGUCCGGAUAAUUGAGCACCACACCACAAGAAACGUUCGCUGAGAUUCGAUGGCUUCUCUGCACUUGUCCUUUACUCCGGUCACCGCUGUCCAAAGACGAGCACGCACAACUGCCGCAGCGUCGAAAAGCUCCGGCGGAAGCAGCCAAGAGAAGGGCCUGCUGGACUGGAUUCUAAGCGGAAUGCAGAAGGAGGACCAGCUCUUCGAGACCGAUCCAAUCCUGGAUAAAGUGGAGGAGGAGAAACGCGGGGGCACCGUGCGCGGCCGUCGGAACUCGGUGGCUAUUCCUCAACCCAAAGGUAAGUCCAAUGGCGGAGACGGCGGCGGAUUUGGUGGCUUCGCGGGUCUAUUUGCAAAGAAACGGAAAUGAUAGCGUUUGUGCUCUAUGCUCUGUAAUUUUCUAAUCUUGAUCAUCCAGAUCCAAUUAAAUUAAAUACUGUACCGUAUAAUUUGAGACAAUCAAUCUAUUCUUACGUAUAUUAAAUUAUCAAAAAAAAUGAGGAUCAUUCAAGGCUCAUUAUGAACUAAAA